GGAGGUACAAUAAGUACAGCCGCAGCCUGCCUCAGACUCCCUGGGUGAUCGACGGCGAGCGGAGGAUGGAGUCGUCGGUGGAGGAGCUGAUCGCUGAGUCCGUCCUCUCCUCCUUCAGAUCUGAAGGAUUUAAUUUCUCCUCGUCUGGCAGAGAGGAUGUGGACGUCCGGACUCUGGGAACCGGUCGCCCGUUUGCGAUGGAGCUGCUGAAUCCUCACAGAUCCAAUUUGAGCCGAGCGGAGAUGAAGCUGCUGCAGGAGACAAUCAACAAUUCUUCAGACAAAAUCAAAGUGAGAGACCUGCAGAUUGUGUCCAGGGAGGCCAUGGGGAAGAUGAAGGAGGGCGAGGAGGACAAAACCAAGUCGUACACGGCGCUCAUCUGGACCCUGAAACCCAUUCAGAGUGAAGACAUCGCCUUCAUGGACGACAUCAAGGAUCUGACUCUGGAUCAGAAGACUCCUCUGAGGGUUUUGCACCGGCGGGCGCUGGCAGUCCGUCCUCGAGUCGUUCACAGCAUGAAGACUCGCUUCCUGGACUCGCAUCACUUCUACCUGGAGAUGAAGACGCAGGCCGGCACUUACAUCAAAGAGUUCGUCCACGGAGACUUCGGCCGCACCAAACCGAACCUCUGUGAGCUGCUGAAAACAGACACGGACAUCCUGGAGCUCGACGUGGAGUCUGUGGAUGUGGACUGGCCUCCGUCUAUCCCAGAGUGAAAGUCCUGGUUCUGAUCUGUGAGAACGGACCAAUUCUGUUUCUGAGUGGAACCGUUGUCCCUGAACGCACCACGAAACAUCCCCAGAGAGUGAGACUGAACACCUGUUUGAGAGGUGAAGAGGAAGCAGUCACACCACCAGCUGCAUUUUCAUCAAAACUCCAGGGACUGCUUCUUUAGUUCUAUCAAAGAAAACGCCAGCACCCUGAAAGUAACACAGAGUUCUUUAUUUGAUUCCUUUUUAUUUGUACUUUAUUCGAUACCCAUCAUGUGAGUUUCAAGCACAUUGAACACAGGUGUGGACAGGUUUUAUUACUACCUGGUACAGGGUUAUUUCACCCAGCCCUAGUUUCUCUGUUGUGAUUGUUUUCUGUAACAAGACUGUAAGUGUAAAGCCUUGAUAGCAGUCCUGUAAAACCUGCAUUAAAUGCCAGAUUGUAUUUUGA